AUGGGCUCUGCAGCUGCUGGAUGGUUGGACGUUACAGCCGUCGGAUGCAAGGAUCUGACGGACACAGAGCUCUAUGGUUGGCAGGAUCCGUAUGUGGUGCUGCAGUACGGCUCCCAGUGCAAGCGCACGGCUACUCACAAAGACGGUCACAUAACCCCCCAGUGGAAUGAGACAAUCCGCCUUAACUACCAGCCCAACGUGUUUGACCUGACUGUGGGCGUGUGGAACGAAAACAAGCUCUCUCAAGACAGCCCCAUUGGCGGCUGCAAGGUGAGCAUCAGCCAAGCUCUGGAUGCUGGAGUGACUGACGGAUGGCAUCCUCUCUACACAUCGAAACAAGUGAAGAAAGGCAGCAUUCGCCUUAUCAUUAAAUACCACCCGAAUCCUCAGUACAAGCAGCUGGGAGCCACUCCUCUGCCUGAUUUAGUUGCUGCACCAGCACCAGCAGCAGCACCAGCAGCAGCAGCAGCAACAGCAGAGUGUAACGCAGCAGUCGCCAGCACUAGUAGCAACAACACAGCUUCAGAGUCCCUCCCUCGCUCUGCUCUCUCCGUGGCUCUUCACAGCAUUAAUGCUACACACGGCAACACUGCAACAGAUGCUUCUAGUAGCGACCACAAAGGCAGUGCUCGUGAUAAAGGCACAGAGCAAAGCAAGGACCACGAGUCCUCUUCUUCCUCCUCCUCUGGCCGCCCCACCUCCCUCCCACGCUCUAACCUCUCCAUGCAGCUUGAUGCAAUUGAACGCAUGAUGGCUAUUGGGCGGGCGACUUGGGAGCAAGAAUCAGGAGAGGAGGAGGAUGCUUUGCCGGGUGCUGUGGGUGCCCCUUUGAAUACUAUGGAUGAAGAGGCGUUAGCUGCUGCCAGGCUGUCUCAGCGGAUUGACGCGAUUUAUCGCAUGCUUGCUGAGACUUGUGAGGGUGGGGAUUCAGUUAGGGCCAGUUCAGGUGAAUUUGGAAAUGCACCUGGGAGCAGCAGUGGAGCACCUGGUGGCAGCAGCAGCGAAGCACCUGGUUCAGGUGGAUUAGAGAAAGCACUUGAGGGCCUCGAAAUGACAACUGGUGAAACUGGUAGGGCAUCUGAAGCCGGGAGAUUGCCGCCCAGUCACAGCAUCCACACCCGGGCGGCAGAGGCAGCUAAAGGACAAAGCACCGCAGCAGCUGCUGUGUUUGAUAACAAGGGAGGGGGCGGCGGUGGUGGUGUGACUGCGUGGCAGGGGGGAGUGCAGCAGCAGGGCUGGGCUGAUACCAUAGCGGAAGGGGAGGAAGGGGAGGAGGAAGGGUUGUCGGGGAGGGCAGGAGGUAGUGGGACUUCGGGAAGAGGAUCGGGAGGUUCGGGAAGAGGUACAGUCGGAGGUUUGGUCACAGGCUCGGUCGAAGGUUCAGGAGGAGCUUUGGUUAGUGCGCCCAGGGUGGUUUCAGGUGGGCAUUCAGGGGGGUUGACAGGGGCUAUGGCAAGCAUGCAGGAGGCGGUAACAGGGGCAAUGACAGGUGUCAUGUCAGGUGGUUUCUCAGGUGGUGGCUCUGUGCUGACUGGGAUGAUGGGCAUGGUGACAGGCACGGUUACCGGAGCUAUGGACAAGGUUCGGUCAGGCGAGGCUGAAGACUUGGUUCGGAAUGCGAUAGAAGCAGCUAAGGCUCCCUUGGUGAAAGGAGGGGUGGGAAUGAUGGGGGCGUUGGGGGUUAAUAACACCGCACAUGUCGCAACGCAACCCAAUCCGCAACGACCGGCCGUGCCUAUGCUCACCAGUCAUCCCCACACCAGCCUACUCAUGCAGCAACCAGCCAGUCCUGUUCCACGGGCCCUACUCAUUCGUCCCAUUACUCUUCCUACUCCUCCUCCACCGGCUCCACCGCCGCCUCCUCCGUCUCAUACCCUUCUCCCUCCUGGUCCUCCCACCAUACCUCCCCUUCCUACCCUCACCCCUCUGUCUCCUACCCUUCUCCCUCCUCCUCUUCCUACCCUUCCACCAGCGCUUCCGGCCCCAAUCACCCUAGCAGUGGUUACUAUCCCUCCAUCUCCUCCUCCCCUUCUCCCUCCUCUUCCUCCACCCCCUCCUCUUCCUCCAUCCCCUCCUCUCUCUCUGCUGAAUCUGCACACUCAGAAAGGAGGCAUCAAUCUUUCGAAUCCGCACACUCAAAUAAGGACGAAAGAGGCCCUCACCACUCAAAUCACUCGUCUUUCUCUUCAAGCUACCCUCCUUCUGAAUCGUCUCAAUCGUCCCUCUCAAUACAACUACCCUACCAAAGCACCCCCUGGUGCAUACCCUAGCUACCCUCAUAACUCUGCUCCUUAUUGUCCCUAUCCUCCACCUCAAGGGCCUACACCCCAUCCUCCUUAUCAGCAGGGUGGGGUACAGUACCCCACGCCCUGGGGUUAUCCUGCCCCGCCUGCCCCUUAUAAUGACCGGAGUGGUGGUUACGGUGGUACCAGUGGGGAUCAUGCUCGUGGUGGUAACCGCUCGACAUCACCUGUUUCGUUUGAGCGACACAGGAGCGGUGGAAGCGGUGGCUCUCAUGGUAAAGGAGAGCACAGCUACAAGGACAGCAGGUCUCACAGACAUAAAGAAGAUCGGAGCAAGAAGGAUUUCUGUGAUUGCAAACACAGUAAAAAGUGCUACAAAAAAGAGCACAAGAAGAAAGGCAAAGACCAUUAUUGA